AUGACCCGACGGGGUGCGCGGGCACUUUAGAGGAUUCCCGGCUCCCGCGAGUUAGCUCUGCACCUCCGCGCGCCGCGCCACUUGUUCCUGCCCGCUCCCCGCGCAGCCCGCUCCCUACCGAACCCCAGGUGCUCGACUGGGCACUGCGUCUUCCGGAGUGCAGCAGAGAUCGUGGCGGCGCCUAGAGAGAUGCCUGGAAAGGUGUGUAAGGGCACGCAACCGAACUCCAAGCGGGCACUGGCAGAGCUGGAAGUUGAGUGCGCCGCCCAGCUCAGGAGAAUUGGCAACAAACUGAAUCCCCUGGGCUGUGCCACGGAGAUCCGGGCGAUACUUGGAGAGAUGCCUGGGAAGAAGGCUCGGAAGAGCGCACAGCAGGGUCCACCACGGGCCCCGGCAGAGCUGGAAGUCGAGUGUGCUGCUCAGUUUAGGAGAAUUGGAGAUAAACUGAAUUUUCGGCAGAAACUUAUGAAUUUGAUUUCUAAACUCUUCAGUUUGAUAACCUGACUCCUUCAAAAGCUUUUGCAUGAAGGGACUUCUUUCAAAAGAAAGUAUCCCCAGUAGGUGCCAAUCUUAUUGAUUAGAGGGAAGAUUACAUUGUAAUUGAGAGAAAUGUGAAAGAACAUUCACUUGCUUCAGGCUGGCUGCCUUUGGAAAGGAAAGAUGGAAUAUAAAGGGCUUUGAACAGAGGGGAACAGAGGGAAGUAAUCAAUACUCCCACCCUUCCCUGUACUAGGGAUUGAACACAGCAUCUUUGCACUGAUCUACAUCCCUAGCUCCCCACUUUUUUUUUCAAUUUUGAGAAAGGUUCUUAAGUAGCCGAAGUUGGCCUCAGACAUGCAGUCCUCCUGUGUCAGUCUCCCAGUGCACUGCGAUUAUAGGCAUGUACCACCAUGGCUCUCUUUUUUGAUUAGAGAAUUGUUCUUGUAUUUUUGCUGUAGGUUUUUGGCGAGUGUAGUGUAAAAGAUGAUGGCGAAUGAUUACACUGGGCAGAGGGGAAGAAAUAGUUCACUGUUUUCUUUUCAGUGACCACUCCAGAACUACAUAAAAUACAGAAUUUGGUUUAUACAUAUAAUCUUAGUAAGAGGAAGAAUUUCCUUCUGAUAACACUGAAAGCCAUAGUGAAUGUUGGUUUCAUAAGUCACUGCAAAAUAAUUUUUUUAAAAAUUUGGAUUGUAUUCUUUCUGUUCAGAUCAUUUUUAAGUAUGUUCCUGUGGGCAUUGACUGGAAAGUAUGGAAAGCUAGAAAAUACCUUAAAAAUUGAAUAGAAGUAUAGGAAGAUUACUUGGUACCGGUAAAACAUUUUUGGUACUGGAGAUUGAGCCCAGGCCCUUCACACUGAGUUGCAUUCUCGGCCCUUUAUUUUGAAUGAGGAUGCUCAGUCACUAACUUGCCUGGGUUGGGCUUCAAUUUAGGAUCCUCCUGCCUCAGCCUCCUAGAGUGCUGGAAUUAGAGGAGUGUACUACCACACUGGCUAGUGUCAGUAAAACUCUUACAGAUUGAAUAUUAAAUGGUAAAGACCUUGAAGUUUUUGUUUUGUUUUUUUUUUGAGACAGGGUUUUCAUAUAUAUUCAACAAACUCAAACUCACAGUGAUCCUCCUGCCUCAGCCUUCUGAGUUCUACAAUUAUAGGUGUGCGCCACCAUGCCUGGCUUUAUUUUGAUUUUUGGUUAAGAGCUUGGGGAUUUUUAUAUAGAGAAGGAUAAUGAAAAAAAGAGAACUUGACUUUUUAAUUGAUGUAAUUAAAACUUAGUAAAACAUAAUUUUCUAGAAAUUUCUGUGGUGCUCUUUCACACUAGUUAUACAUACUAUAGAAAGUGAUCUUUUAAAAGAAACCUGAAUAUUUUCAUAAUUGGAAUGUAUUUUUAAAAAGAACAGAUAUUUCUCAUCAAGAAUGAAAAUCUCAUAAUUAUGUAUAUGUAUAUAAAGACAUGUGCAUACCUGUAUAGGUAAUAUACAUUAGAGUAUUAUGUAGAUUCUUAGAAGAGUUUCAUUUAGUUUCAUGGGCUAUAAACAUGAAACAAACUAUUCAAUAGCAAAACAAAUCUUAUUAAAAAUAGGCUCAAAGAAGAAAGAAAUGGCUUACAGAUACAUGAUUCAGAGAAAUCCAAAUGAAAAGCACAAUUAGGUAUCACCUAAUACCUGCUAACUUGGCCAUUUUAAAAAACAAUAAUUACAAAUGUUGAGGAUGUGGAAAAAAGGGAAGGAACACUUAUAUAUAUCCAUGAUGGUGGUGUGAAUUAGUAAAACCAUUUUGGAAAACAGUAUAAAGGUUCCUUGAAAAAGUAGAAGCGACCGUGUGACUCACCCGUCCCACUAAUGGGUAUACACUUAAAGGAAUUGAGAGCAGUAUUCCGAGAGAUGGCUGUGCUCUUGUGUUCACUGCAGUAUUUGUUUUUUUAGUAUUAUUUGUAAUAGUUAUGGGAUAGAAACAACCUGUGUCAUAAUGGUAUACUAUUCAGUCUUUUCUAAAAACAGGAAAUGCUGUCAUUUGUUAAAACCUAGAGGACAUUAUGGUAGGUGAAAUAAACCAGCUACAGAGACAAACAUGGUUUUAAAUAUAUAUAUAUAUAUGGUAAUCUAUAAAAGUCAAAUUUGACAGUAGAGAGUAGGAUGGUGGUUACCAGAGCCUGGUUAGAAGUGGGGCGGGGGGGAUAGGCAAAGGGGGAAAGGGAGACACUGGUCAAUUAGAAAUGAGUUCUGAUGUUUUCCUAUAUAGCAGGGUGAUUGUAGUUACUGUAUAUUUCAAAAAAAACUCAAAGGAUUUGAAAUGUUCUCACCACAAGAAAUAAAUAUUUGAGGCAAUGAACAUACUAAUUACUCUGAUUUGAUUAUUCCACAAUGUACCCGUGUAUUGAAAAAUUUUACCCCAUAAAAGUACAAUUUAUCAUUUAAAGUAAAAUUUAAAAAUACCAAAAAGAGGAAAUAAUAUCAUGUUUGAAUUUCACUAGGAAUAUUAUUUAUUUUACCUAUUUAUAAUUAAAAUAUUUUUUUGUUUUAGUUUGAAAACAUGUAUUAGUUGCAUUUUUGCUGUAAGACAAAGGUUGCGUAACUACUUGAGGUUUUUUUGGGUUUUUUUACUACUUGAGUUCUUAACAGUAAGAAUAUAGGCUAGUCACUUUGGAUGAAAAAUUAUACCUCAGCAUCUGGCUGUUUUUAGUAUUUCUUAAGAUUGUUGCAAAGAUUGUGGGCUUUUUUUUUCUUUUUUCCUAGGGGUGAUAUUUUGUCAUGAGUAUUUAUGGCCUGUAACUGUAUUUAUAUGUAUGUACAUAUGAAAGUUGAUCACUGUAGUGAACAAUUAAAAUUUAUCACAAUUC